GAUAGAAGGUUCAAGGCUUAUUAUCAAAAAAGAAAAAAGAAGGUUCAAGGCUGACCCAGGCCGGAUUAUGCUCCACCAAUACUGAGGUGCGUGUACAAGAAAAUAGAAAACCUUGAGGGAGAGAGAGAGAGAGAGAGAGGGAUGAGAGAGGAAAGCGAGGAGAAGGGCUUGUUGUGGAAGCUUCCGCAGGUGAACUCGAUGCAACUGGGUAAGCUGGGCCCCGGCUUCGGCUUCGGCGCCGGCUGCGGUCUUGGUCUCGGCAUCGGCCUUCUCGGCGGUGUAGGCUUUGGUCCUGGAAUGCCCGGCUUACAAGUUGGCAUUGGAUUUGGUGCUGGAUGUGGGGUUGGUUUAGGGUUUGGCUAUGGUGCGGGGAGGGGCAUCGCUUAUGAUGAGAACCGAAGAUACUCUAAUGUUGGGAAUCUUUCGCGUGCUCCUAUAAAUAUUCCGUCUCAGGAUGAGAUGGGUGCACUUGUUGAUGAGCUUGUCAUUAAUACCAAGAAGCUUAUCCGAGCUACGUCGAGAGAGAUUGACAAGUGGAGAAGAUGAUGCCGAGUUCUUGCUGUAUAAUCAAAUGAACUAUGAACCUCUCUAGCCAGAUUCUGUACACAUGGAUUUACGUAGGGGAAUAUAUAUAUAGAUAUAUUAAAAAAAACCUUUAUUUCCUAUGCAUGUUGGCGAUUCUCUUUAUGUAAUUAUUAUUAAAUUCAGAAUUUAUUGAAGCAUACAAUUUUCGGGUGCUUUCAAAGGGCCUCUCUGGAUUUCAGAUGCAAA